AUGGCCGCCGACUUGGACGUCGCCAGCCACUACAACCUGCCCUCCGAAUACCCCGAAGAAUGGCCGGCAGCAUUGAACGAUGAUGAUGAUGUCGAGGAGGAACCUGCUGUCCAGCGCACCAAGACCAAAUCCCGCCCACGCAAGUCGCGCUACUUCGCGCUGGAACGCACCGACAGCGACUUGCGCAAGAGCUUUGGAUCUCGCCAUGGGAAGGAGGCGGCCCGAGAGAAAACAAAACGGGACGAACCAGAUCCACUAGGAACCAGUGACAGCGUCCUUCGCAUCCUCAAGCAGCGUGGAGUGCCCCUCGAAGAUGCAGGCGGCAGCCGGUCCCGGUACCUGCUCUCCUCGACGUCCUUCUCGCCCGCGCUCUUCCUGUCCCAAGCACACUCGACGGCCUCGAUUCAAGAGCUAACCAGUGGCCUCGACCGUCUGUCGCACUCCAUCGACCAGAAGUCGGCAUCGCUAAAGGUCUUGGUCGAAGCCAACUUUGAGCGCUUCGUGCGGGCCAAAGCAACCAUCGAUAGUGUUUACGCGGAAAUGAAAAAUCCAGGGACAGAACAAGAGAAUGAACAGACUCUGGCACCGCGCAGGUCGGCCGGCCAUGUCCGCACCCCAUCGGGCCAGCAGCGAAGCAUCUCCCCCUUACCCCUGGGCAAGAAAAAGAAUGCGCUCACGAAGGACAACGAGUACGGCAUGAGGAGCAUCCGAGGUCCUCUGGUGGAAGCCUCUGUCAAGGCAGAAGAGGUGUGGGGUCCAGCUUUGGGAGGGCGAGACCGGGAACAGAUGUUGAAGGCAGUCGUGGAUUCAAUGGAGAAGAACCGGGACGUAUAUGAGAUCGGAAGCCAUCUCUCCAAGGCCAUCCAACAAAGGGACUAUGACGCUGUUUUUGAGCAGUAUACCAAGGCCAGAACACUGGCGAAUCGCGCAAAGAACAUCGCAGAACAGGCCUCCAGUAGUGGCCGACAGCUGACCGACUUCGAGACACAUACGAUCCUGGCGAUGGGUCGCAUGUGGAUGGAGGUCGGCCAACAGAUCAAUGACUUCAAGCGGGAUCUCUGGAAGCGCCUCAGCGAUGCACCAACGACGUCGACCACAAGCACCGCAUCGGGCCCUCUGGAAGAGCAUAUGGAGCUGAUCGGAGCAUUGUUGGAACUGGGUGUCGAGAAGAACCCUAUCUGGGCAUGGCUUCAGAGCCGCUCUGAAUUCCUCAAGUCGAAAAUCACCUCUUUCUGUGAUCGAUGUAAGGUGGAGAUCGAGAUUUUGAGGCGGAGGCUGGCCGGCGGGGAGAAACCAACGCCGCAGGCGACGGCGUCGUACCUGCGCUUAGCACCCCGGGAUGGCUCGUCAGAAAUUCCUGAGAGCCUGGACACAGAUCAAGUCAUUGAGCUCUGGGAUUGCCUUCAAGCAUACUUGACCAGGCUGUUAUCGUCACAGGGCGGUUUGCUCGGUGAAGCCCUCGAUUUCUGGGAAGUGGCGCAGUCCUUCAUUGACGGCAAUCGACAACGGAUUCUUCCUGCUGGCUUUGAGGGGGAGAGCCGCAAGCAUCAUCAACUGUCGAGAAGCAACAUCCAGGAGCUCGAGAAGGGCAUUGUGCAGCUGGUCAAUCUGAUCCGGGAGAAUGUGCUUGCCUUGUUCACCGAACCACCCACAGAAGAUGUCUCUAGCCUUUUCUCUCCGGUCCCAGACACUCCAACCAGCCCAGAGUCCAGGGGUGUUACACCGACGGAGUCUCGAUUCAAGCUUGAUCCCAGGAAUCUGCCGUUCCCAAUCCCGAAGCGCGGGGAGCACUGGGAUGACUUUGCAUUUUGGCCGCCGUUUUCCAACUCACUCAGUGGCGUCCACUACCUUAGCAAAUUUCUGGUCAUCAUUGGGACUGCCGCCAGUGACAUGGCUGCCUUGCCCCCAGUCAACGGCGGUGGGCAACCUCAUGACCUGCUGAAGGUCCUAGUGAGUACCGCGAGGGAGCGGUGUGCGCGUGUUGCUUGUGCCGCCUGGAGUAAAGACGCGGAGAAUUGCAAGAUGCUGGAAGACUGGACGCGUGAUUCGGAGAAGCGGGAUCUGACCAAGAUGCCGGGACUCUUUUUCGCCUUUGAGAGCACCAUUCUCAGCGGCAUGCAGAAAAUCUUGUAUAUUUCGGAGGCCAUGACGAAGCCAGGCUCAGUGGAUGUCGUUACGCAGCCACCUGCAAAACUGCUUCAGAUGGUCCGUUCCCAGUUUGUGUCCAGCGUGUACAAGGCGCUCAGCGGUCUCGUCGAGAACGCAGAACGUGUCACCCCCGUGGAAGAAGAGGACGAAUGGACUCUUUCCAGACUCGCAACGUCUGGUCUAGGACAUGACGCCGCUCUGUCUGUUCUCGCGGCGAACUCGGUCGACUCUCGGAAUAGGAACGUUCGCAUUCUCCUGACGCUUUCCAACCUCAAGGCCCUUCAGGCCGACUAUGUUCCACAGCUAAUCACCAACUUCGAGACCUCGUUCUCCGUUAAGUUGACCGAAGAAGGGAACACAGUCCGAGACGUGCUCAGCCAGAUCGAAGACCAGCUGUUCAAGUCCUACACCACACCGGUCAUCGCUUCCUUGAACGAGAUCAUCGCCAAUGGCAUCGCAUCGCCCGACUGGGUGCCGUCCACCGACCGGCCAGACCAGGUCCGCCCUUACGUCUAUGCCACCAUGCUGGCCCUCGUGCUGGUGCACACCGAGAUAUCCACAACGAUCCCCUCGACCGUGUCCGCCAGUUCCAGCCGCACCCCGUCCAACGCCCCGGGAUCGCUGCUGUACGUCAUCCUCACGCAUCUCUUGGCGCAAAUCUCCACGUCUCUAUUAAAUGCGUUCAGCGCACGUAAGACAUUUACCCUGGCCGCCUUGAUGCAAGCCACACUGGACACGGAGUUCAUCGCCCAGACGUUAUCGCAGUAUUCGUCCGACGAGGCAUCGAACAUCCAAAGCCAGAUCUAUGUCGAACUGGACCGACGCACCACGAACGAAGCGCGCACGAAACUCCAAGCCGAGCUGGGCGAGAUGCGAGUCGUCCUCAAGAGACUGCGAGACCGCACCAAGGGCGAGUUCGCCUGCUUCAAGAAGUCUCGCAGUGGCGGCGGUGGAGGUGGAGGUGGUGGAAGUGGCGGAGGAUCCAAAUCAUCUACGAAUUCAUAG